ACAGCAGCUGAAGGAAGCUCGGGAGAAGAGUGGCAGCCAGAGACAAAGAGGCAGGGGCUGGUCCUUGCCCAUCUCUGCCCUCCCAGGGCCAAGCGAUGGAGAAGGGAAGAGGUUCUUCAGCCCAGAUAGAGCCCAGAGUGAAGAUGGAGCUAAACCAGACCUGCACUGAAGGAGGAAGAAAGCCCUGUAAAAUGUGGGGCAGGAGAAGUUUUGGGUUCCCAGGCAGAAUGGGUCAGGAUGCCCUGGAGGAGAAGGCCUUCAGCGCAGACCUUCAGUGCCAAUGCUUCCGGCGCUUCUGCUUCCGGGAGUCCUUGGGGCCCCGAGAGGUGUGCAGCCGCCUCCACUCCCUCUGCCGCCUGUGGCUGAAGCCUGAGCAACACUCCAAGGCGGAGAUGCUGGACCUGGUGAUCCUGGAGAAGUUCUUGGCCGUCAUUCCUGCGGAGAUGGGGCGCUGGGUGAGGGAAUGUGGGGCAGAGACCAGUUCCCAGGCCGUGGCCUUGGCUGAAGGCUUCCUCCUGAGUCGGGCCCAAGAGGAGAAGGCGCUGCAGGAAGAGCGGCAGGAGAGAGAGCUCCUUCAAGCCCAGGAGGUUCCAGUAGAUACCAGCCAGGGCUUCCCUUCCAGGUGGAUCAAGUUGGAGGAGGACACAAGAGCUGCUCUACCAGCAGAGGAGCCAAGGAUGCUGGGAAGUCAUCAUAGCUCAUCUCUUUGUGAAGCAGGAGAAAUGGCCUCCAUGGAACAGGAUCAGGUGACUUUUGAGAAUGUGUCUGUACAUUUCAGUGAGGAAGAGUGGGUCCUGCUGGAUCCGGAUCAACGGGCCCUGCACUGGGAAGUCAUGGGAGAGAAUUUUAAGACGUUCGCCUCUUUCGGUGGUGCUGGAGAAGAGAGUGAAAAUGGGACAGCAUCAUGUGAAGUGUGGUGGAAGACAGCAGGAUAUAAAGAGGGGGAAGAGGGAAACCUGGAAAUGGAAAGAGAAACAUAUAGAAGGAAGGAGUGUUCUGCGGAUACAAGGGAAAUCACAAUGCAAGAAACAGUAGACGAAAGCAGGGGGAUCAGGAACUGUCUUGUCUUUGAGAGUAGCUUCUUGCAUGAGGAACCAUGCCUGAAUGGUGAUCUCUCCAUCCUAAUGGAGAAAGGACAACCUCAAUGCCAUCAAUUGGAAGAGAGCUUUGGAUCUAGUAUACACCUUACAAACUAUGAAAAUCCACAAAUUGUGGAUAAGCCAUAUAAAUGCCUGGAGUGUGGGAAAUGUUACCAUCUUAAAGCAAGCCUAAGCAGACACCAAAAAUCCCACUUGGAAGAGAAGCCAUAUAAAUGCCUGGAGUGUGGAAAAGAUUUUUCUGAAAAGAGAAGUUUUCUUGUGCAUGAAAUGAAUCACAGAGGAGAGAAACCCUAUCAAUGCAGCGAGUGUGGAAAAGGUUUCUCUGAAAAGAGAAGUCUUAUUGUGCAUGAAAUGAAGCACAGAGGAGAGAAACCCUUUAAAUGCCUGGAGUGUGGGAAAGGCUUUUCUGAUAAGAGAAAUCUUAUUGGACAUGAAAUGAAUCACAGAGGAGAGAAACCCUAUCAAUGCCUGGAGUGUGGAAAAUGCUUCCCUCAAAAAGAAGUCAGAAAUGAACACCAGAAAACCCAUAUCAGGGGGAAGUCAUAUAAAUGCCUGGAGUGUGGAAAAGGUUUCUUUUGGGGACGACAACUUAAAAUCCAUGAAAGAACUCAUGGACAUGAAAUGAAUGACAAAGGAGAGAAACCUUAUAAAUGCCUGGAGUGCGGAAAAGAUUUUUCUGAGAAGAGAAGUCUUAUUGGACAUGAAAGGAACCACAGAGGAGAGAAACCCUAUCAAUGUCUAGAGUGUGGGAAGAGUUUCUGCUGGAAAAAUAAACUGAAGCAGCACCAAAUCAUCCACACAGGAGAGAAGCCGUAUCAGUGCCUGGAGUGUGGAAAAUGCUUCUCUCUAAAAGGAACCCUCAACAAACACAAAAAAACCCACAUGGGACGGAAGCCAUAGAAAUGCCUGGAAUGUGGAAAAUGCUUCGCUCAAAAAAGAAGCCCUCAACAACCAUCAAAACACCCAAAUGAAUGCCUGGAGUGUGAAAACGUUUCUUUCAGAAAGGACAGCUCAAAAACCACAGAAGAACCCACACAGGGGAACAGCCCUAUAAAUGCUGGGAGUGUGGAGAAGGAUUUUCUGAUAAGAAAAAUCUUACUGGACGUGAAAUGAAGCUUGGCUGUUUGAAUAUAAGUAACUCUUUUUCCACCUCCAAGAUUCUGUUAUUGUUAUUCUUGCCGCAGCAAAACUGUAUUGGGAGAUUUCUUCAUCUCCUUUAUGUGGUUCUCUCUCUAAAUAAUCCUAAACACA